AUCACGCUGACUCCAUCGACGAUAGAUCGAGCCAGGACCGUCACCGUUACGAGGACAGAGACUAGGGAAACCACGACUACCGCCACUACGACGGCGACUGCUGUCGUGACAAGCCCGACGACAACGACGCUGCGAGAAGUCUCAACCACCACCGCACUCGUCACUCAGACCAUCACGAGAACGACCACGGCUCCCUGCUCAGCUCUCAACUGUCCAAAGGUCACCUCUACCGGUACCAUCUGCAAAAGCUGCUUCGUCGCGCAGUGUACUACCACUUCGUCUAUCACGAAGUCUUGCGGCUGCCCUGUUCUCUCAACUGCGUUCGUCGACCUUGAGUGUGAAGAGGCUGAUGUCUGUAACAAGAUUGGGUGCAGGACUGUGUAUGCAGUUGCAACUCCUGUGUGCUAG